CCACGUCCCUGCUGUCCCCACUGUCCCUGUCAUCCCCGCUGUCCCCGUCACCCCUGUCGUCCCCGUCACCCCCGUUGUCCCCACUGUCCCCGCUGUCCCCGGUGUCCCCGGUGUCCCUGCCAUCCCCGUGUCCCUGCUGUCCCUGUCGUCCCCACUGUCCCCGUCGUCCCCACUGUCCCCGCUGUCCCCGGUGUCCCUGUCGUCCCCACUGUCCCCGGUGUCCCCGCGUCCCCGGUGCCCGCGCAGGCGGAGGAGCGCCACGGGAACUUCGAGGAGCGCCUGCGGCAGCUCGAGGCCCAGCUGCAGGAGAAGAACCAGGAGCUGCAGCGGGCCCGGCAGCGGGAGAAGAUGAACGACGAGCACAACAAGCGGCUCUCGGAGACCGUCGACCGGCUCCUGUCCGAGUCCAACGAGCGGCUCCAGCUGCACCUUAAGGAGCGCAUGGGCGCCCUCGAGGAGAAGAACUCGCUGAGCGAGGAAAUCGCCAACAUGAAGAAGCUGCAGGACGAGCUGCUGCUCAACAAGGAGCAGCUCCUGGCCGAGAUGGAGCGCAUGCAGAUGGAGAUCGACCAGCUCCGCGGCCGCCCCGGCUCCUCCUACUCCAGGUCCCUGCCGGGCAGCGCCCUGGAGCUGCGGUACCCCCCUGGGGGGGCCCCCCUGGAGCCCUACGGCCCCGGCGCCCCCCCCCGGCGCCCCCGCAAGGGCCGCUGGGCCCCCCCCAAGGACGAGGCCGCCAAGGUGGGGGCCUGGGGGGGGCCUGGGGGCCUCAUCCCAUCCCCAUUCCCUGGGGCCCCGGAGGCCUCGGACGAGGAGGAGCCGCUGUCGCCGGGGGGGCAGACGGACGUGCAGACGCUGGCCUUCAUGCUGCAGGAACAGCUGGAGGCCAUCAACAAGGAGAUCAAGCUGAUCCAGGAGGAGAAGGAGUGCACGGAGCUGCGCGCCGAGGAGCUGGAGAGCCGCGUGGGGGCCGGGGGGCUGGAGCCCCCCCCCGGGCGCCCGCGGCCCCCCGCCCGCCCCCCCUCGCUGCCCCCCCGCGCCAGCCCCUCGCCCCCCAGCAGCGGCCGCUCCACCCCCCGCCCGGCGCCCCCCAGCCCCGCCCGCGAGCCCGACCGCCCCAACCACGUGCCCAAGGAGGAGGGCGGCCGGGGGCCGGAGGAGAGGGGGGGCCCCGGCGAGACGCCCCCCCCGGCCCCCCGCGCCCCCCGGCCCGAGCGCGCCGCCCCCCCGCUGCCGCUGCCCCCCGGCCCCCCGGACGAGAGCCGCGACCCCCGAGCGGGGCUGGGCCCCGAGGCUCCCGGCGCCCCCCCGGACCCCCUGCACAAGGCGCCCAAGAAGAAAAGCAUCAAAUCGUCCAUCGGGCGCCUCUUCGGCAAGAAGGAGAAGGGACGCCUGGGCCCCCCGGCCCGCGACGCCCCCGCCCUCGCCGGGACCCCCUCGGACGAGCUGGGCCCCCCCGACGCCCUGGGGCUGGCGAAGCUGGCGGGGGGGGGCGAGAAGGACCGGCGCAGCAAGAAGAAGCACGAGCUGCUGGAGGAGGCCUGUCGCCAGGGUCUGCCCUUCGCCGCCUGGGACGGCCCCACCGUCGUCUCCUGGCUCGAGCUGUGGGUGGGCAUGCCGGCGUGGUACGUGGCGGCGUGCCGGGCCAACGUGAAGAGCGGCGCCGUCAUGGCCAACCUGUCGGACACGGAGAUCCAGCGGGAGAUCGGCAUCAGCAACCCGCUGCACCGCCUCAAGCUGCGCUUGGCCAUCCAGGAGAUGGUGUCGCUCACCAGCCCCUCGGCCCCCGCCUCGGCCCGCACGGCCUCGGCCAACGUCUGGAUGACGCACGAGGAGAUGGAGUCGCUGGCGGCCGCCACCAAGCCGGAGACCAAGGAGAUCAGCUGGGAGCAGAUCCUGGCGUGCGGCGAGCUGACGCACGAGUGGGUGGGCAACGAGUGGCUGCCGAGCCUGGGGCUGCCGCAGUACCGCAGCCUCUUCAUGGAGUCGCUGGUGGACGCCCGCAUGCUCGACCACCUCAGCAAGAAGGAGCUGCGCGGGCAGCUCAAGAUGGUCGACAGCUUCCACCGGGUGAGCCUCCACUACGGCAUCCUCUGCCUCAAGCGCCUCAACUACGACCGCAAAGAGCUGGAGCGGCGCCGCGAGCAGAGCCAGGAGCAGAGCACCGACGUGGUGGUGUGGUCCAACGAGCGGGUGACGGCCUGGGUGCAGAGCGUGGGCCUCAAGGAGUUCGCCCGCAACCUGGGCGAGAGCGGGGUGCACGGGGCCCUCCUGGCCCUCGACGACACCUUCGACUGGGCCGACCUGGCCCUGCUGCUGCAGAUCCCCACCCAGAACACCCAGGCGCGGCAGCUGCUGCAGCAGGAGUUCUCGGCUCUCAUCAGCGUCGGCACCGACCGGCGCCUCGACGAGGACGGCGCCAAGGGCUUCAGCCGCUCCCCGUCGUGGCGGCGCCUCUUCCGCGAGAAGGAGCUGCGGGGCCCCGACGCCGGCGAGACGCUGCCCCCCACCUGCCGCAGCGCCCCGCGCGCCCCCCCCGGGCCCCCCCGCGCCGGCCCCCCCGGACGGUCCCUGAAGCCGGAGUGA